AUGGACUUCACUGUUGAAAUUUGGCCACGAUUCCGUCUGACACCACAAAAACGGAGAGCCAGCGUCAUUGGUUGCUUGCUUUUCGGCACCGCUUGCUACUAUCUUGGAUCCGAGCGCAUUUCGAAAAUACCUCCUGACUCUGUAGCCAGAAGACAAUCCACAAGGAUCAUCGCUAAUUCCAACGGUGCCGGUAUCAGUUCUAUCAAGCUUCCUGCCGCACUGCUCCCGACACCUCUCUUUUCGGAACACUUCAUCCAGCUUGACCAUGAGAACGACAACGGCCAUGUCAAUGCCACCCAUCCACCACUGGAUACGCUCGUCUCAAGAUCUAUAUCCACCAACCCUGCACAAAUUGUCAAGAAUGUCGACUUUCUCUUGGACUUCGCCAUUGUGGGCUUUGCCAAAUGCGGUACCACCACCCUGGUAGAAUGGCUUUUGCAACCACCCCACAACACGAAUACCAGUAAUCAAGAUGAUUCCAGUGCUACCACGACCACUACAACUCUCCCCAAACUCAUUCGAGCACCCAGUCAUGAACCGCUGUGGCUCCGAGAUCAAAAACCGGCCAAGGCCGUGAGUGUCCUUUACCGUUGUGCUCAAGCCGAACAAAAGCAACGACAAGAACGACUGCUCUUGCCACACCAAAAGGUACUCAAGGGAUACAAGAAUCCCAGUGAUAUCCGGAGCCACGUCGCAUUUCGUAUCGACCAGCAAGGCCGAGUUUCAUGCCAUUUUGGCCGCAUUGGGCAAGACACCCUGAACAGCACGGCCGAAUGGACCUUGUUGCGGCCGUGGCUGGAUCCAUCACCUUUACAAAGGCAUCCUCGCAUGCCCAAUCGGGUCUUUUUCAUGGAAACACGACAAUUGGCCGAAUCCAAGAAUAAUGCGACCAGAUUGCAACAAAUUGAGCAAGAUUUGGAAGAUUACCUGGGAUUGCCACGCCAGUAUUUGGAUCCCCGACCACUGCAUAUCCGACCCUAUUCGCAAUACAUUACCACCAACCUGGACGACUAUCGCAUGGAUAUCUGUGCCCCACAAUGGGCCCCCGUCUUGGACGAAAUGAUGAAGAUUUCACGGGCGGCAUCGCCUUGGCUGCGACGGUACUUUAUCAAAAGCCCGGAUGUUGUAGCGUCUUCUCCCGAGUAUUUGGAGGAGUUGUUGAAAGAUUGGAUGAUUAAUUCAUGUGACAAAAAUGAUCUGAACAACGAGAGACAAGAGUAA